GAGUGUAGGAGUCAGGAUUACAGCCGGCCAGUGAAGCCAGAGUGAAGCUCUGCUGAUGGGGGAAGGAGGGGCUCAGGUAGGACGGGGAAAAGAAGACCAACAGGACAACAAGUACGGGUAACUGAAAAGAAGAGCGACAAAACGAGGUGCGUUCCUGAGGGCAGUGGGGGCAGUAACUGGUGUUUUCAGGGACACUUCGCUCCUCACAUCUGUCCUCCUGCUCUGACCAUCUGUCGCCGACCGCUGGCAGCCUCUUCCAGAGCAACAGGAUCAUUUCUUCAAGUUGAGUUUUGAUGGAGCGCUGCUCACACCGGAGGAGGGAGACGAGGGGAGGCUGGGAUAAGAAGACACGGGUCACCCUGCAGAAUCCGUGAUAGAUGGACUCACGUUGUGGACAGGUGUCUCAGCCAAAGAUGGAGUACGUGUACGUCCGUCUAAACCGGGGAGUGACAGUGAAGGGCGGAUUUGUUUUCUGUUGAUAUAUAAGAUGGUGUAAGUUUCUGGCAGCUUUCGGAGCUUUCCUGAAGUUUCAAUCUCCGGCCAAGAGAGGAAUUAUGUUUUUCCCAGAGGUGAGCAUCUGCUCAUAAAAAAAGGCUAUACACAAAUAUGCUUCUCCUCAAAGCAUUCUGGGACAUCUUACCUGAAAAGCCUCAACUUUAAUUCUAACCUGGAACAUUUAGCUGAAGUGCAACUGGGACUGUUUGUUAAUCGUUUCCCCUUUUUUCCUCCUCUUCCGGCACCUGCUCACUCUGAUCUCCCUCCAUCACUCCAUCCAUCCUUCCUCUCCUCUUCUUCUUCUUCCCUCCACCCUUUUCUUUUUUUUUUUUUUCAAACCAGCGAGUGAUAAUGUGACCUUCUGCCAAAGUGCUGGAAAGCAUGCCACCGUCGCAGCGGGCUCCUCUGUUGCUGCUACUGAAAUAGACUCAAACAAGUGCAGGGAGAGGAAGAGGAAGGAGGGGGAGAGGACGAAGGAGGGAGAGGAAGAGAAGAAGAGGGCCAAAGGGGAGAGAAAGGAGGAAGAGACAGGAGACAGAGAGAGGAGGAAAAAAAAAAAAGGAAAAACGGGAACAGGACAGCUGAAGCCACAGAUACGGGAUGUGGAUUGCCAACACAGGCAGUAGGUGACUGAGAUGGGCGUUCGUCUAGGCUGUUUGAGCGACUCCCCGUGGUGGCCGCCGCCGCCACUGCUGCUGCUGCUCUUCUGCACCGUCCACCCCUGUUCGGGCCGGCCGUUUGGGAUCCCCGCGCCGUCCGUGAACGUGGCGGUGGUUUUCAGCGGGUCGGCCUACCAGACGGAAAUCAAGGGCCGUUUGAGUCGGGAGAACUUCAUGGACCUGCCUCUGGAGGUGAACCCCAUCACUGUGCUGGUCAACAACACCAACCCGCGGGCGCUGCUCACGCGCAUCUGCGACACCCUCUCCACCAACCGUGUGCAUGGCGUGGUGUUCGAGGACAACGUCGGAUCGGAGGCCGUGGCUCAGAUCUUGGACUUCAUUUCCACGCAGACGGCCGUGCCCAUCGUGGGCAUCAGUGGAGGAUCUGCCGUUGUCCUGCCGUACAAGGGCGAGGGCUCCAACUUCCUCCAGCUGGGCGCCUCCAUCGAGCAGCAGAUCAAUGGCAUGUUCAAGGUGAUGGAGGAGUACAACUGGGACAGCUUCGUGGUCAUAACCAGCCUGUAUCCUGGCUACGAGGCCUAUGUGGAAUACAUCAAGUCCUUCACAGACACCAGCUACUUCAUAUAUCUGCAGGACGUGCUGACCUUUGACAUGUCCUUCGACGGCCACGACAUCCGAGCUCGGCGGCUGCUACAGCAGAUCGACGCCCAGGUGCUGCUUGUCUACUGCUCCCACGAAGAGGCCCAUUACCUGUUCACGCUGGCCGCCGAGGCUGGACUGGUGGGGCCCGGAUACAUCUGGAUUAUCCCUAGCCUGGCAGUGGGGAACCCAGGACAUUCCCCCCACCCGACAGCUUUCCCCGUGGGGCUCAUCAGCAUUAUCACUGACCGCUGGAGGAUGAGUCUGAGGAAGAGGGUGCGCGACGGCGUGGCUAUCGUGGUCAAAGGCGUGCAGAGCUUCCGGAAACAGAGGGGCUUCAUUCCUGAGGGUCACAGCGACUGUCACAACCCAGUCCAACCAUCGGCCAAUAACGACACGCUGUUUAGACAUAUGCUGAAUGCCUGGGAACACAAUGACUUCUCCUUCAACAGUAACGGAUACCUGGUGAAUCCAGCCAUGAUCGUCAUCACUCUGGACCGAAGGCAGUGGGACAAGGUGGGGACGUAUGAGAUGGGCAUCCUGCAGAUGAGGUACCCGGUGUGGCCGCGGUACGGGUCCUACCUGGAGCCGGUGUCAGAUUACAGGCAUCUGACGGUGGCGACGCUGGAGGAGAGACCCUUUGUCAUCGUGGAGGCGGUCGACCCAGUGACGGGAACAUGUGUCAGUAACACGGUGCCCUGCCGACGCCAGUCCAACAAGACGGAGGCGAUUGUGGGUCACACUGAGCCGUACACGAAACUGUGCUGUAAAGGCUUCUGCAUCGACAUCCUCAAGAAACUGUCGCGCACUAUUAAGUUCUCCUAUGACCUGUACCUGGUCACCAACGGAAAACAUGGCAAACUGGUCCGAGGCAUCUGGAACGGAAUGAUCGGAGAGGUGUUCUACAAGCGGGCGGACAUGGCCAUCGGCUCGCUGACCAUAAACGAGGAACGCUCCGAGAUUAUUGACUUCUCAGUUCCGUUUGUGGAGACGGGGAUCAGCGUGAUGGUGGCCAGAAGUAACGGGACGGUUUCACCAUCUGCUUUUUUAGAGCCAUACAGCCCGGCCGUCUGGGUCAUGAUGUUCGUUAUGUGUCUGACCGUCGUGGCCAUUACCGUGUUUGUUUUCGAAUACUGCAGCCCGGUCGGGUACAACCGCAGCCUGGUCACUGCCAAAGACCCCGGAGGACCCACCUUCACCAUUGGGAAGUCGGUGUGGCUGCUGUGGGGAAUCGUCUUCAACAACUCAGUCCCCAUUGAAAACCCCAAAGGCACCACCAGUAAGAUCAUGGUCCUGGUCUGGGCCUUCUUUGCUGUCAUCUUCCUGGCUUCCUACACAGCCAACCUGGCAGCGUUCAUGAUCCAGGAGCAGUAUAUCGACACCGUGUCCGGACUGAGCGACAAAAAGUUUCAGAAGCCACAGGAGCAGUACCCUCCGUUCCGCUUUGGUACAGUCCCAAAUGGCAGCACAGAGCGGAACAUAAGGAGUAACUACCCAGAGAUGCACUCCCACAUGGUCAAAUACAACCAGAAGGGAGUAGAGGAUGCCCUUAACAGCCUCAAAACAGGGAAACUGGAUGCAUUUAUCUAUGAUGCUGCUGUGCUGAAUUACAUGGCUGGCAAAGAUGAGGGCUGUAAGCUCGUGACCAUUGGCAGCGGGAAAGUGUUUGCUACCACUGGUUACGGCAUUGCCCUGCAGAAGGAUUCACGCUGGAAACGACCCAUCGACCUGGCCCUGCUGCAGUUCCUGGCUGAUGGUGACACUCAGAAGCUCCAGACGGUCUGGCUUACGGGCAUCUGUCGCAACGAGAAGAAAGAGGUAAUGAGCAGUAAGCUGGACAUUGACAACAUGGCGGGGGUCUUCUACAUGCUGCUGGUGGCCAUGGGGCUCAGCCUGCUGGUGUUCGCCUGGGAACAUCUGCUCUACUGGAAACUCCGACACUCCGUCCGCAAAUCAGAGCGGCUGGACUUCCUCCUCGCCAUCAGCAGAGGGAUCUACAGCUGCUUCAACGGCGUGGAGCAGACUGACCGCAACAGCAGCAUGCAGAGUCCGGACGUCACGUCGAACUACACACAGGCCAACAUGCUGAAGAUGCUGAAAACCGCCAAGGACAUGGUGUCCUCUGCCAGGGUGGAGAACUCUCUAGACAAUGCCACCAAGACCAUAGAGAGCUGGAGCCGACGAGGGGCAGACAAUGUACGGGCUGGUUUACCCCCCAGAGUGAUGACGACGGACAUGAGCCACAGCCGCCUGCCCUACAUCUCCAGCAUCACAGACAACCACUCUCCGUACCCUCAACGGGCCCUCACACCCACCUUUCCCGUUCACUAUGGGGACACCGCCACCCAGCCCCUCCUGGAUAAGCCCCGUGUGGUGACCCGGCCCACCCCCCUCCGUUACACACUGCCUACACGAGGCAGUCAGCAUGUCUUGGAAAGGACUCUCCCCAUCUCCAGCCUAAGCAGCCCCCACAUUGCAAUGAGAGAUCCCACACCCACCAUUACACCAAACCCCCACCACAGCAGCAGGCUGUAUGUGGAGAACCAGGCCCGGCACCCCACACCUUCUUUUGUUCCUUACAGGGAGUUCCAGGUGCCUGAUAUCUACGUGGAACACAAGGGCCCACUGAGGCGGAAGUUUAGCUACCCCCCUGACUGCGUAAGCCGGAGGAGACGGUCCCACAGCUACAUGUUCGACGCUGCAGACCCCAGAGUGAGAGGGGACUAUGAUGAACCUCGACCCUGCCUUGCUGAGUUAAGGGCCAAUCACCUCCUGAACAACCACACCCCUGACGCCUGUGCUGCAGGACACUACCCCGGCGGCAGCGCCAGCUGCAGCUCCUGCAUGAAGUCCUACCUGGAGCCCGAGAUGGACGACAUCCCACUUCUGGGGAAGGAGAAACUCAACCGCCGCGCCUCAUUCCUCAAAGCCACAUGGGGCAAUGAUCGGAUUCAUCAGGUAGAUGAAACAAAACCUUCCACAUCAACAUCUCCCUCCACACACGCAAACAUGCCUGACCUGUUUCCACGGGUGGUGGUGGCCAACCCAAAGCCCCACAAGCUCUACGGUAGUCUGGGCCACAACCUGUCCUGCUACCCCCUGGCUGCUGAGCCUGCAUACUUGGACCCGGCCCAUAUGGGCUCGUAUCCCUACAAGCAAAAGCUCAAGUACUCUGAGUCCACCCGGCUGCCCUCGUACAGAGAGGCCAUCCUGCAAAAUGCAGCCGCCCUGCGCCGCUCCUCCUCCACCGUGGUGCACAGACACUACUCCACCUACCUGAACUCAUACACAGACUUACCAGUGUAUGUGGGGCCUCUGGCCCAGGGGCCAUCUCAGUUUUAUGACAGCUCCAAGGACAUGUGCCACUUGUUUCCAUGUACGAGCCACUGCCCAGACAAUGCAGCCAUGCUGCCUCGUAUGAGUGACAGGCCAGUGGUUUACCACAACAAUAUGUUUGGAGCAUAUGACGGUGCGGGGAAGAGGGAGGAGCCUGGCUCUGGGAGCCGAGAGCGGAGGCAGGUGUUAGUGGCGCGCAGAGUCAACAGUCCCUAUGUGCCAAAGCCCUGGGGCAGGGUCUCCAGCCUGGAGUCUGAGGUCUGA